AUGAUCCCAUCCCAUACAGCGAGGGCUUUCCGUCAUGGUUUUACAGGCAUCUCAGCCCUUUCCCCAGACUUCACUUUUCGUCUCGCACUAUCGACGCGAGCAUAUCACGAGGCAGCUGGGCCAUCGACUCCCGCUCCCUGUCCCUCGUUGCGACUGCGAGUGGAGCCUAGUGUCAUCGCGACGAACCGGCCUGGCCAAGACGUGCUAGCCCCAUUUGUGAGGGCCAGGCGAGAUGGUGACGGGCGGAUAUUCGAGCCUGCCAUGAUGCGACCAGAUCUCUUCCAUCGCAACGAGAAAUCGCCCGCUCGCGGCUACACCGUCUUUACCCUAUUCAUCCGGCCUCUAGCCGGUCUGAUCAUAUCGAUCGCCUCCCUCAAGCCAUCGCGCCUUAUGCUUACGCAGAUUUUGUCCUUCCCUACGUUGAUGCUCGCUACUCAUCGCGCUCGGACACUUUCUUCAUCCAACACCUGA